AUGAUAUAUACUUUGGCUGAUUGUAUUCCCUGUCAAAGAGCAAAACAUUUACUUGCAAUUCAUUACCCAGAUGUUAGAGCCCAUUAUUUAGAACUUUCUGGAAAUGAAGUUUGGCAACAACAAUUACAAAUUCAAUUACAAUAUUUAACUGGAGCAAUUACUUUCCCCUAUAUUUUUGUUUGUGGACAAUAUAUUGGUGGAGGCACAGAACUUUUUGAAUUACAUGAAUCUGGACAAUUAAGGCGAUUAAUUAAUUUAUGUUUACAAAAACAAACGAAGAAAUAA